UACAUUUUACUAUUCUACAACCCUUUCAAAUGUCCUCCAGAUCAUCGGUAUUUGACCUCUGUUAAAAGAUUGAAAACAAUAGCAUUUUCAAUAGUUGUAAUAUUUCUACCAAUUCUACUUCUCACCAAGUUCUGCAUUUUAAUAAAAACUUCAAAAUGCAUGAAAUCGGUUAAAAUUGGAUUAUUGAAUUUGAAGUUCUGAUAUAUUGUUUCUCAAACUAUUCAAGCAAUAUUCAUAACUCCAAUAGUCUA